UCUAUACUACACCAAUUGAUCUUUAUACUUGCCCAUUUUUUUAUUACUAAAACAUUGAAGAUCUUUGUGAUAAGAUCAUGGGUGACUCUUCAGCUUCAUACAUACACAUGGUACAACAUCUGAUAGAGAAGUGUCUGAUCUUCCACAUGAGCAAAGAAGAGUGCAUGGAAGCCCUUUCUAAACAUGCAAACAUCAAGCCAGUCAUUACCUCAACCGUGUGGAAUGAGUUAGAAAAAGAGAACAAGGAGUUCUUUGAGUCUUACUUGCAGUCUCAAUCGUCAAGCGGAGUAAAUCGAAUGUCCGAAGCAGAGACGAGCGAGUUGAUUCAAAAGAUAAUAUCUGACAAUCAGUCAAACAAGGACGACUGAGUAGCUUUUGCUUUCUAAUAUUAUAAGAUAUGGGACUCAUUUCUAUUUUCUCAAGGCAGCUUGUUACAAACAUAUAGAUCGCCUACCCCAUCUCAGUGUAUCGACAUAUGUAGGCAGUAGGUAUAGGGUACGAUGUAUUAUUGGUCUCGGUGAAAUGACUAGAUUGCCCUUGGGGGGGGGACAAUGACCGGGUUGUUUUACGAUAUGACAUAGGGGUAUUUUAGUAAAUUGGGUUGGGGUGGGGGUGUUGAAUCUUAGUGUAUCAAAAUUGCUGGGAAGAAGUCACUUUCUAGUGCAGUGGUUCAGCAGCUUAAUAGAUGUAGCAGUGGGUGGGGGAGAUCUAUGUGAUGUGAGGAUUGUCCCUUUUUUGUUCUUAUGUUUGUAAUAAUAAAUGAAGCUAAAAUUGUUGG